GAUAGCACCAAAACAUCUGAUUCAGUUGAGAGACAUUUGUUGGCUUGGUCACGAAAAGAUUGCAGGAGAUUCACCAGCAAACAUGAGACAACAGCGACAGUGCAUUGUUGUGAAUAUGCGUUCGGCGAUAGCGUUAAUCGUCAUAUUCGUGUUGACCGGCAUUAAGAACAGUGAAACGGCCAGCGGAGGCAAUCAAAUGGAUCUGACGGAUGCCAAAAGUGAUCAGCGCAAGGACAACAGCAAUGCUGGCAUCAACAACAACAACAACAAUAAUAAUAAUAACAAUAAUGAGAAUGAAGUAUUUGUGCCAGCACUGGCCAACAUGGCCAGCAAGUCAUCAUCAUCAUCAUCAUCAGUAUCGGUUGUCGAUAACAACAACAAUGGCAACAGCACCACAAACAUGAUGUGUCCAUUGGACAAGGAGACGCCCUGCGAUCGUCUACAGUUCCCAUGCAUACGUUGCAGUUACAAUUUCAACUGUCAUUACGGACGGGAUGUCAACAUCACCUGCGAGCCUCUCAGCAAUGUCCAGUGCCAGGGCGAGCGUUCGUUUCAACGCCUAAUGAAUUGUCGCUAUUGUUACCAAACGGAGCUCUGGCAACAAAACUGUGAGCAACACGCCAAUUGCAAUUCGGCAGCUGAAAAAUAUUAUCGCACCAAUUGCACCGUCCAGCAGGAUGUGCUGUGCCUCGGCAAUCGUUCGUUUACACGGAAUCUACGCUGCAACUGGACUCAGGGGUAUCGAUGGAGCACAGCACUCCUCAUCAGCCUAACACUGGGCGGCUUUGGGGCCGAUCGUUUCUAUCUGGGCCAUUGGCAGGAGGGUAUUGGCAAACUGUUCAGCUUUGGCGGUCUUGGCGUCUGGACGAUCAUCGAUGUACUCCUCAUAUCUAUGCAUUAUCUUGGCCCAGCCGAUGGCUCCCUUUAUAUUUAAAUAACUAUGAUUAAGGAUGAAUAGUUGGUGAUCACGUAUAAAUAUUAAUGUCGAACAUUUAGGAAAAUAUCCCUAAGCAAAUCCAGAAAAAAAACCAUGCAAAUUAAGGAUAUGUACAUAAGCAUCUCGAUUAAAGUUCUAAGAUUGUAUAUAUAUGCAUGUAGUAUAUAAGAUAAGACUGUCUAUAACGCUAACUAAUAAUAAUAACUAAAUGUUAUUAGCUAAUCCUAGUAACAUUAACUAUUACUACAUAUGUAUAUAUUUAUAAUAAACAUGUAAAGCAAUUU